AUCAAAGGUGCACGAAAGAAGCCUCCAGGGAUAGCGGGCCGGUGUGGCGCUUCUCCUUUUGAAACGAUUCGUCUCUGUCCACGGCGUCGGCGGCAGGAGCAGUGGUGCUGUCAGUUAGGCCGUCGGAGAAAUGGGAGACCCAGGGUCGGAGAUAAUAGAAUCUGUCUCUCCAGCUGGGCCUGAGGCAUCUGAGUCAACAACGGAUGAAAACGAAGAUGACAUUCAGUUUGUUAGUGAAGGACCUUCGAGACCUGUUCUUGAAUACAUUGAUCUGGUCUGUGGUGAUGAGAAAGAGUCUAGCACCUAUCAUAGUGAUAUUCUGUUCCCUAACAUGCCAAAACGACAGGGUGAUUUGUUAAGUUUUUUAAAUAUGAAGAAGGUGAAAACAGACACAGAAACUAAUGAUAGGAGCAAAAAUCACUGUGGAUCAUCUAAGUCAAAGGAACUAAAUUUUGAAUAUGUUGAACGACCAGUUGUUGAAAAAAAGUCAUCAUGUUCAUCAAAUGAAGAAAUUUAUAAUCCUAUGCUUCCAGAUUGCUGGAAUGAAAAACAAGCAUUUAUGUUUACAGAACAGUACAAAUGGCUUGAAAUAAAAGAAGGUAAAUUAGGAUGUAAGGAUUGUUCAGCAGUUCGACAUCUGGGCUCCAAAGCAGAAAAGCAUGUCCAUGUUUCCAAAGAAUGGAUUGCAUAUUUAGUAACCCCUAAUGGCAGUAAUAAAACUACUCGGCAAGCAUCUCUUCGAAAAAAAAUUAGGGAACACAACAUUUCUAAAGCCCAUGGAAAAAUUCAGGAUUUGUUAAAGGAAUCAGUUCAAGACACAGUUCCUAAUAUAGUGCAUAAACAAAAUAAUAAAAAUAUUGAUGCUACCAUAAAAGUCUUCAAUACUGUUUACAGUUUAGUAAAACAUAAUAGACCUUUAUCUGAUAUUGAGGGGGCAAUAGAAUUACAAGAGAAAAAUGGAGAGGUCAAUUGUUUAAAUACACGGUACAGUGCAACAAGAAUCGCAGAACACAUAGCAAAAGAAAUGAAGAUGAAGAUAUUUAAAAAUAUUAUAGAAGAGGAUGCCAAAAUAUGUGUACUAAUUGAUGAAGCAUCUACAGUUUCAAAGAAAAGCACCUUAGUGAUUUAUCUCCAGUGUGCAGUUCAGUCAGCUCCUGCACCAAUUAUGUUAUUUGUUGCUCUAAAAGAAUUAGUGUCAACUACAGCAGAGUGUAUUUUCAAUACUUUAUUGACUACUUUAAAUGAUUGUGGGUUUAGUAAUGAAUAUUUGAAAGCAAAUUUAAUUGCAUUUUGUUCUGAUGGUGCUAAUUCAAUGCUGGGAAGGAAGUCUGGGGUUGCUACAAAGUUGUUAGAAAAUUUUCCUGAAAUCAUCAUUUGGAACUGUUUAAAUCAUCGAUUGCAAUUGUCACUUGAUGAUUCUAUAUCUGAAAUAAAACAAGUUAAUCAUUUAAAAAUAUUUCUGGAUAAAAUUUAUUCUAUCUAUCACCAUUCUAAUAAAAAUCAAAACAAGCUUUUAGAAACUGUAGCUAAAGAACUUGAAAUUGAAAUUAUUAAAAUUGGUCGGGUAAUGGGACCAAGAUGGGCAGCGUGUAGUUUACAAGCUGCUACCGCUGUAUGGCAUGCUUAUCCUGUAUUAUAUAUGCAUUUUUCUCAUUCUUUUUCUGGUUUGGCAAAGAGAUUAGCUAACAUUCAUUUCUUACAAGAUCUUGCUUUAAUGAUAGACAUUCUUGAAGAAUUUUCCCUACUUUCAACUGCAUUGCAGUCAAGAUCAACUAACAUUCAGAAAGCACAAAAAUUGAUCAAGCGCACCAUAAAAGCUUUGGAAAAUUUGAAGAUUGGUACUGGAAAGCAUGAAUCUCAAAUUGAGGAUUUGAUUAAGUCAAAUAAGUUUAAAGACAUUCCAUUUAAUAAAAAUAAUAAGUUUAAUGCUCUUCCUAGGAAUAUGUUGCUAGAAAAUAUAAUUCAACACAUGAACUUACGUCUUUUAUCUGACAGGAACCAUGAUGAAAGUAUUUUUAAUUACUUUGAUUUAUUAGAACCAACUACUUGGCCUUAUGAAGAAAUAACUUCACCAUGGAUAGCUGGUGAAAAAAAGUUAUUUCAUUUAUGUGAAAUUUUAAAAUACAAAAUUGAUUUGAAUGACUUUCGGGAAUUUCUAAAUAAUAAUAUAAAAUCAAACAAUGUUUCAGUUCCUGCAACUAUACAAAAAGCUAAAAAGAUAGUUAGCACUAUUGCAAUCAAUAGUGCUGAAGCUGAAAGAGGUUUCAAUUUAAUGAACAUAAUUUGUACAAGGGUGAGAAAUAGUUUAACAAUAGAUCACAUAUCAGAUUUAAUGACAAUAAAUUUAUUAGGGAAAGAGUUAGUAGACUGGGAUGCAACUCCAUUUGUAAAAUCUUGGUCAAACUGCAACCAUAGGUUGGCUACCGAUACAAGAGUUCGGCAAAAAUCAACGAACGCUUUCUGUGAAAAUCAAUUGCUAUAUGGAACUUAAAGAAUAUACAUAUACAUUUUUUGUCACUUGUAAAUCCUGUGCUGUACAUCCUUUACGUACACAUAUACACUUUUUUUUUUUGGAAGCCAGUUAAACUUGAUCAGCAUGCUACUGUUUUAAAAGGCUGUUCUCUAAAGAGAUGAAGUCAAUGAUGACUGUUUUUAGGAUCUAUAUUGUUUUAGAUGUUGGCCCAUGUCUGCUAAAGUGGGCCUAAUAGAUAUUUUAAGGAGUCUUAUCCAGAACAUCCAACCAUUUCCACUUUUGCUUUGUUCUACUUUCAGUAAGGGUGCAAAAGUAUAACAUGACUCAGAUAUCUAAGUCCUGGAGGUGAAAUGAAACAAAUGUAGUAAAAAUUCUUGUCCAACUCAUUUCCAUAUCUAUGCUAAUAUACAAUAGCCACUAGCCACAUGUGGCUGUUAAGCACUUAAGAUGAGGCCAAUAGGAUGAAGGAAGUAAAUUUUAAAUUUAAUUUUAUUUAAAUAUAAAAACUGAAGUGUAAAAUAUUUUUUCAGCUAAUUUUAUUGUUGUAGGAAUACAUUUUACCCUGUUGCAUUGCAUAAGAUAAAAUUGUUUUGUUAUAAUGUGCCUGUCAAACUCUUGUUUGUAGUAGUGUACUUAAACACAACAGUUAUUGGGUUGGUGUCAACAGAUCAAUUCAAAGCAAAUUAUUUUUUUCUACAAAUUAAUGUAAGUUGUGUUAGUGAAUAUUUUAUGCAGACAACAGGAAUUAUAGUGCUACCUAUGUAAAUUGUAAUUGGUAAUUAAAUUGAAAUAUUUAUAAUUAUUUUUCUAGUUUAGACACGAAUUUGAACAAAUUUUUAAAUUUGAAGUGAAAGCAUACCUAAAAAGAAUUAAGUGGAGAUGCAGCAGCUAGUACAACUGGAACAGUAAAAAGUAAAAGAAAGUAUGUUACAGAUAUGAUGAAUGACAAUUGCAGUUUGCAGUGUCAGAGCAAAACAUACUUAUGUAACAAGGAAUUAAAGAUAACUGGACAAUAUCAAGACAGUUUCAGCAAAGGCAAAAUUAAUUAAGAUAAGUUACCUUUCAGAGAUCAGAAAAGAAUUGACAAAAUUGUUUGCCUGAAAACAGAAUUAAAUAUCCAGCAGAAAAUUUGGCCAGAUGUAAAAUGACUUGGAUUCUUGCACAAAGAAGUAGUUUUAGAUGGAUAAAGUAAAUUAUUUUAGUUAGAGAAAUUAUUAGAAAAUUAUUAGUAAAAGCUUAAAAAAAUGUUUUACAAAGAAGUGCAAGGUCUUCAGUCAAGCUACUAAACAAUUGCUUGUAAAAUACAGGACCUUCUAAAACUUAAAAUUGAUUAAAAAUCUGAAAAAAUUGCAAGUACUCUAGCUUUAGAUUAGUCAUGUGAUCUAAGAGACAGUCCAAUGAAUUUUUUUAAUACAUUUUGUUUCACAGGACUUUAAAAUUAUGAAGAAAUAAUUAAAGUUUAUGACCUAAAAAAAUGAAACUAGUAUUUUUAUUUUAAAAUCUUGUAUAAAUGUGUCAUAAAAGUUUCAACUAGAUGAGAAAAAAUUUCUAUCAUAGGGAAUGGUGUGCCAGCUAGAUUAGGUAAAAAAAGUCUUACUGGAAUUUUAAAACAAGAGCUUGAUGUUUCCCUUAUUUCUUUAUUCCACUGUAAAAUACAGUAUUUGUGCAUAGUUUUCUGAAAUGGCCUUUAAAAUGUCUUGGGUAUAGUUUAAGUAUUCAAUAUAUGAGUGCAAGUGCUAUGAAUCAACCCUAGUUUACAGGAUUUUUGAAAGAAUUUGGAGAUAAUGACUUUCGUGAUCCUGUGUUCUCUGCUAAUUGUUUGAAUUAUGGAAGAGUUCUACAAAAACUCACUGUACUGUUAGCGCCAGUUCAAGAUUUUCUUGAAACAAUGGGAAUGCUGGCCAGCUAUUCAAUAAUAAAAGACAGAAAAUGGCAGUUUGAUUUAUGUCCCAUGCCCAAUAUCACAUGGCAUAUGAAUGAACUAAAUUUGAAGCUCCAAGGAAAGGAAAAACUGUGGCAUACCUAGACAAGUAGAAUUUAUUUUGAGAUUGAAAUUUUUAUUAAAAAUUAGUAAGAAUGAUUUUAUACAUUUUUACUAACAUAAACAAGCACAGGAUUUAAAUUAUAUUUUACAGUUAUGUAAAUGGUUUGUUUAGAAGCAAAUUUGGGGAAAUGGUUUGUUGACAAAUUUAUUGUUACUUUUCAAUUUACUUAAUAACCUGAGUUUAGUAACAAUACUAAGCAGAUACAAGAGUAUAGUAAAUUUAUUUAAUUUAGGCAGAUGUAAUUUCUGAGCUUUUGCUUUGAAGUCAUAUCAAUUGAAAUGAAUGGGAUUUUUUGGUAUGGAUGCAAAUAAUAAAGGAAAAUGAUACGGUACUUGAUUCAUCUAUUGGAAAAAUUUUAAACUAUAUUUGGAACUAUUUGAGUAUGUGAAUUUGCUUUUUCAACUGUAAAUUUCAUGAAUCUGUAUACAAGCCAAGUAUUUGUGAUGAAAGACAUUCAGCCAAAUUGAGAUGUGCCCUAAGUGUAAACUACACAUCAGAUUUUAAAGAUUUAAGCAAACUAUCACAUUAGUAAUUUAUAUUAAUAAUAUGUUAAAAUAAUAUUUUGGAUAUAUUGGUUAAAUAAAAUAUUAAAAUUAA